AUGGCACAAAAUAAACGAGCUGAAGCACGAAGAAGACGCCCUAUUCAUAUUGAAUGUCCCAUAUGUACUGAUGAAGAAACUACAUCAUCAACAUACCCAUUGACUUAUACUUUACCAGAUGUAGGAGAAGAAACAACAUUCGAUUAUCAAGGAACGCCAAUAAAUAUCUCAGUUCAAUCAUUAAUAGAAACUAAACGACUUGGAUUUGGAAGUUUCGGAUUUGUUAGAUUGGUUGAAGUUAAAGACCAUCCAGAUAUAAAAAUGGCUGUAAAAGUGAGUUAG